GGAAAGAGUGGUCGGCCAGAUCACGAGGGAGGCGCAUUCUAAUCCGGCUUCAUUACUGGAUGAUGCCGACGAGGCAACAAACGCAAGGGUCACGGGGGCGCUCAGCCUCGAGAGUUUCGCCCUGUGAGGGAGAAAGCCUACAGCUUCACAGACCAAUCCCCAAGUUCCUAAUGCCUCUUUGGCUUCGAUGACGAUGAUAGUCUCGAUUCGCAGACUGGAAUUUGACCCCCACGCAGACGAAUGUUAUGGAUAAUUAAUGGGGGUCAAUCCUUCCGAGUCGUGAAGAGUUCAAACCCAAAAUCCAUCACUUGGAAGUAUUUCUCUGUUGACAGUAACACAGUUUGCAUUACUCUAGUCUUUUAAAAAUAUCAUCAUUUAACACCUACCAAUGGCCCUUUUGAUGCUUUACUAUAGCAUGCAUUUUACUCGGGGAGAAGAGACCAUCAAUUACUAAUGGCGAAACUCAUUCCCAAGCUCGGUUCAAUCAAAGAGCCCAACCAGGAUCCCAUAGAUCCAGCCUGGCAGCUCAUAAGGCAGAGGACAAAUUUAUCCUCUCGAUCACGUCUCUCUCUUACGCGAAUCCUGACAAGGCAUCCCACCACUCUCGUCCCGCCAAAGGAUCUGAAGGGCCCAUUCGGAUUGAACACAUUGUUUCGACCUCUGCAACCUGCGGUCGCAGACCUUAUAUUUGUCCACGGGCUGGGAGGUGGAUCCAGAAGUACGUGGACCAAGUCAGAAGACCCUUCUCUCUACUGGCCAAAAGAAUGGCUAUCUCAUGAUCCCGACUUCAUUGAUGUUCGCAUACACGCCUUCGGCUACAAUUCAAAUUGGCAAAAGGAAAGCACGCUAAACAUCCAUGAUUUCGCGAAGUCCCUCCUCGGUUCUAUUCAAGACUGCCCUCAGAUUCCCCGGAGAUCAAAUACACCAUUGAUCUUCGUCGGGCAUAGCAUGGGAGGUUUGGUGAUCAAGAAAGCUUUCAUCCUCGCAAACCAACUUCAUGAAUAUGAAUCUGUUGCUCGCCGAGUUCGCUCGAUCUUCUUCCUCGCCACUCCACAUCGAGGAGCGGAUUUGGCCACCACUCUUUCGAAGCUACUUGCUGUCUCUUCUGGAGCCAGACCAUUUGUGCAAGACUUGCACCCCAAGUCGCUGGCCACGCAAACGAUCAACGAUGAGUUUCCACGGUAUUGCCAGCAAUUGCAGCUGUUCUCCUUCUACGAGACACUUCCGAUGUACUAUGGUGCUGGAAGAGGUAUAAUCGUAGAGAAGGACCUAGCUGUCUUGGGAUACGCCAACGAACGGAAUGAAUUACUGAAUGCCAAUCAUCGCAAUGUAUGCAGGUAUGCUGAUCCAACAGAUCCCAAUUACUCAACCAUUCGCAACGCUCUGGCGUCGAUGAUUGCAAACUUUCGAGAUCUCGAUUCCAAUCCUCAACAAUUCAGCCAUGAUGACGAACAUCGUGAACAACAAAGGCUUCUCAGUCAUCUUCUUGGCGUCCCCGAGACAUUAGCAGAUGAUUUCAUGACUUUCGACUCUCAAAGAAUUGGAGAGUCUUGCAAGUGGCUGAUUGAAAAGGAGACUUUCACUGCGUGGCGAAACUCAAACACUUCACAGCUAUACUGGAUCAGCGCAAAACCGGCUGCUGGAAAGUCUGUGUUGUCGGGCUAUGUGGUGAAACACUUGAAGGAUUCUGCCCUUGACUGCAUGUUCUAUUUCUUUGCGGACAAUGACAAUCUCCAGUCAAGUACCAGCCUGUUCUUGAGGUCAAUGGCAUCGCAGAUGGCGUCAGCACAUCCACAAAUUCUUCAGACUGUGGUUCAGAUUUGCACCAGAGAAGAUCAAGUCUGUCAGAUGGAUGCGCGGACUAUAUGGAAUAAAUUAUUUCUUGAGGGCAUUCUCAAAGUGGAGCUUGAACGACGGCAAUAUUGGGUACUUGAUGCUUUGGAUCAAUGCCAAGGCGACAGUGACUUGAUUCCAUUUCUGCUGAAAAUCAUCGACAUGGCCAACAUCAACAUACUUGUUACUUCAAGAAACGGCUUCGAGACUUCGAGCCCCUUCGAGAUUUGCAGGGCCAACGUCAUCACAGAAGAAAUCUUGCCAGAGGAUACUGAAUUUGACAUCUCGUUAUAUUUAGAGGCGAACAUGAAAAAUGUUCUCCGUUUUGACGAGGAAGCACGGCGGAGGACUGCUGGUACGAUACUCAAGAAAGCUGCUGGUUGCUUUCUAUGGGCGAAAUUGAUUCUGAAAGAGCUCCAAAAGGUCCACAUGUCCACUGAGGUCAGACAAUUCCUCGAAGAACUUCCGUGUGGUAUAGAUGGACUAUAUUUACACUUACUGGAUUCCAUGACUCGCGCCAAGUAUGGCAAGCCUCUUGCAAAAGCUAUUCUCACUUGGGCUGUCUGCUGCGUGCGGCCGCUAAGAACGGAUGAGCUUUAUAUUGCCCUUCAGAUGGAUGUCAAGGAUACAAUAGGCAGCGUCGAGGAUAUCGUUGCAACCUGUGGCCACUUCCUCUCUAUCGACAAGCAGUCCCGCGUUCAGAUGAUACAUCCAACAGCGCGAGACUUUUUUCUGAGGUCAAAUAUCACUUCCGAAUUCGCGAUUGACAAGAAAUUAGGGCAUAAGAAACUCGCUAUGACUUGCUUGCAAUACCUCAGUGGUGAUGAGAUGCAACCUCCGCGACACCAAAGACUGAGCAUGUUAGUUGAAGUUCCAAAGCGUAGUUCAUUCGUCGCUUAUGCCUGCAAUUGCCUACACGAACAUAUCAAUCAUGCAUCAUCCACGGCUGAUGACCUGCUGCUGGAGUUGGCAAACUUUCUGUCGUCUUCCAACGUUCUAUCUUGGAUCGAGUAUCUUGCCCAGAACUCCGAUCUGAACAGAGUGGUCCAAACUGGGAAAGCCCUCAAGAACUUCCUUCAAAGGCGUCGAAAACAUAUGUUUACCUUCGGUCCGGAGGUUAGUAUCAUAGACUCAUGGGGUACGGAUCUAAUUCGCCUGGUGGGGAAAUUUGGCAAGACCCUUUUGAGUUUCCCAUCGUCCAUCUUUCACGCCAUCCCUCCUUUUUGCCCCGUUGAAUCCGCACCCUAUCAGCAAUUUGGAUCCCAGCCCCACGGAAUCUCGGUUAUUGGGCAGUCAAAUACAACGUGGGAUGAAUGUCUUUCAACAAUCUUCCAUCGGCAGCAGCAGCUGUCUGCCCUCACAUGCUCCGGGGAAUAUUUUGCCGUCGGAGCCUCCUGUGGCAGUAUCACCAUUUAUAACAAUACGGACUGCCAAGAGAUCCAAGCCCUAGAACAUGGGGAAUAUAUCACAGUCUUAAGAUUUAGUCAAGGAGGCCAGAAAUUAGCCUCAGCCGGAGCGGUUUUCAUCAAGAUCUGGGACGUCUCAAACUGGAAGCAAUUAUGGACAUUCGACAUUCAGGCACAGUGUAUGUUUCUCGUCUUCAUGGAUAAUGACAGAAUAUUACUUGGUGCACUAAAGAACAACGAACUGAAGAAUUGGAAUAUCGAUAUUGGAAUCCCGAGGAAUUCAGGAAAUUGGACACCAAACCUCGAGGGACCGCGUGUUCAUGGAUUUCGCCGCCCAACAGCUGCAGCAUUCUGCAUGAACGACAAGCUGCUUGCAAUUGUGUACAGAGGCCAAGACCUGUUGCUCCGGGACUUGGAAAAAGACGCUUUCUACGACACAUUUGCAAGAAAAGCACCAGAUGGGCGUCCGCUCGUGAACACUACAAUCAAUGCUCUUGCAUUCAGCUGUGCACCUGACACUCACUUGCUCGCUGUAUCUUACUGGGACGGCGACUUAAUUCUUCUUGACACAUCAGACAUGUCAGUCAAGGAGACAACCAUGGGAAGUGCUUAUAUCCUCGUGUCAUCUCCUGACGGACGGACGCUGGCAACAGCUGGAAACCAAGGAGAUGUUCAGCUCUUCGACUUCGAAUCCCUAAAGCUCUUGUAUAGGAUUAGCUUGGAUGGUUAUUACAUCAAGGCUUUAGCUUUCAGUGCCGACAGUCGUCGCCUUCUCGAUAUCAGAGGUUCUCAGUGCCAAAUUUGGGACCCUAUGGCUUUGGCUAGACAAGAUAUAGAUGACGGAAGCAGUGACACGGUUUCCGUCUCUACAGCCCCGCAGAAGAUUAGAGAGAUGGGCCCCAGUGACAUUGUUUUGAUCACGGCAUUGGCUUACCACGAUAAUGGGGACAUAUUCUUCUGUGGCAAGGAAGAUGGCUCUGUAUGGUUGUAUGACAGUAACACCGGCCAAGACGUUGAGAAGCUUUAUGGUCUUCCUGGGGGUGUGCCAAUUAUGUCGCUCCAUUACAAUAAGACAUACCUCAGUAGCACCGACUCCUCUAGUCGUGUGACAACGCACAAGUUACUUCGGUCGCAUAUCGGAUGGGGAAUUGGCAGAACGCUUCUCGAUCAUCGAGCUGGUGAAGCCGUACGGCAAGUCUUGAGUAACAACGACCACAGUCGAUUCCUCGUUUCUACCACAUCCGCCGACUCCGUUUGGUCCGGAACGACAUCAGGCAAAUUCGAACUCUUGGACUCGAUUUCACGGAAAGACGCACCGAAUCGAAGGUGGGCCAAUCAUCCGACGAAUGCGGACUUAUUGAUCCUCGUCACCGACAAUUUCGUACAUUUGUACGAUUGGGUUUCCUUGACCGAAGUCACCGCGAAUAAGGGAAUUCCACUACACGGAGCGAAUCCAGGACUGAGGAUCCAUACCGUCAUGCCCUGCUUCAACAACUCGAUGAUUGCUGCAGCCUUCUCGGACUCCGCUACGAACCGCCCAAGGCCGCAUGUCCUCCUUUUCCACCUUGCUGAUUUGAGUGUCUCAACCAAAAAGGUACUAGAAGGUGUCAAAUACGAGUAUCUUGCGGAUAGGGCUGAGUUCCUCAUUGGGACACACGGAAAUAGACUUGUUUUCCUUGACAGCGCGGGAUGGGUCUGCUCUGUUGCAUCAGUCAAAGCAGGAACUACCGAGACAACGGACGGCAACCUCAUGCGCCAUUUUUUGCUGCCCUCGGACUGGCUGAGCAAUAACAACGAGUUGUUGAUCGAAGUCACCAAACAAGGAGACGUUAUCAUUGUGAAGAGAGAUGAGGUUGCCGUCGUCAAGAGGGGACUAAGCAACAUUGAGUAAGGCCCUUGGCAGUCCCUGACGAGGCAUCCAUCAUUGCAGGAAGCAGGAAGUCCGUCCCUCUUGAUUUAUAUAUUAUUUUUGUUUGCCAUAUAUCUGCAUUUAGCAAUGGCAAUUGUCGGGUCGGUGGUCUGCAUUUGAAUGGAGCGUUCUUGUGAGUUCGGCGUUUGGGGCCUCUUAGGAAUUGGGACAUAGAAGUUCCAGUCGGCGAAAUUUCAAAGACUCGUUUGAAAAUGAAUGACUUAUGAGAGAGAACAGUGUGCACAAGUCAUUACGUUCUUGAAGUACCGCGCACGAUAGGGCUUCCCCCGGAGGCGCCAACGAGGUGAGGAUCGAAAUCAGGC